AUGGCAACUGUAGAUAAACACGUUGGUGUGAAGCUUUAUCUGGAAGACAUUUCUUCUGCUGCUCAAUUUGCAGGUCAGUGGGGCAGGUGCAUAGGAGAAGAAUGUGGAACUGGCGGGGUUCAAUCCAGGACGGUGUGGUGCAUCCACUCAGAAGGAUGGACCACACACCACUCCAACUGCCGGCACUCAGACAAACCAGAGAGCCAGAGGCCUUGCUUUAAAGUAUGUGAGUGGCACCAGGACCUCUUUGAAUGGGAGGUUUCAGAAUGGGGGCCAUGCGUUCUAGCUCCAUUCCAGUCCAACGAGCUCAAACCGAGGACAACAGAGUGCGUCACGGCCCAGCACGGCAUCCAGAGACGGAAGGUCCAUUGCGUGCGCACCUCAAACCGCACGAUGGUUACGGAGAGGAUAUGCGAGUUCUUUUCCCCACGGCCGGCGCUCGAACAGGCCUGCCUGAUCCCCUGCCCUCACGACUGCAUCGUAUCCGAUUUCUUCUCCUGGUCCGGCUGCAGUCGAACAUGCGGCAUGGGUCUCCAGCAUCGGACCCGACACGUUCUAGCGGCGCCGAUGUACGGAGGAGCUAAUUGCCCCAAUCUCACCCAAACAAGGACUUGUGCAAACCUUCUGCCCUGUCCGGUUGGGGAAAGCGAGCAUCACUACAGUCUUAAAGUCGGCCCCUGGAGCGAGUGCAGGCAGCCGCAACACAAGGGGCUCUGGAUGAGCGGAAGGACCAUGCUGGACUUCACCACGGGAGAUACGGAAAGGAACACCGUGAAACGACAUAUCCAGAGCUCCCAGCAACACCAUCACCACCUCCACCACCACCACGGCCUCAAGGGCUUGGAUGUGGAGAUCGGCUACCAGACGCGCCAAGUUCGUUGUGUGCGCAGCGACGGCAAGAACGCCAUGCUGAGUCUUUGUACCCUUGACAACGGUCCUGGAACAUUCCAGUCGUGCAUUAUGCCCAGAGACUGUGAGACCUCUGAUUGGUCCGUUUGGAGUCCAUGUUCAAAGACAUGUAGGGCAUCAGAUAUGUCGCCUGGUUUUCGGGUCAGGACUCGAAGCAUAACGCAGACUCCUAUUGGACUAGGCAAAGAAUGCGCCACUUUUGAAGAAAAGAAAGCCUGCAACAUCAUCGGAGAUUUACUUCCGAACUGCCCUAGGUAUGUGUGGAAGAGCACAGAUUGGGGGGACUGUCAAGCGGCCCCUCUUCUCAGCCAGCAGGACAGAAGGCUUAACAAUGUAAGCGUUCUCUGCGGUGGAGGGAUUCAGACCAGGCAGCUGAACUGCGUCCAGGUCCCUGACAACUCCACCCCUCAUCACAGAAAAGAGGUUUCUAGGCCGGUAAGUGGGCAUCUGUGUGUAGGAGAAUUGCCUUCUGCGGUGCAGCCCUGCUCCAUACUAUGCCCACAGCUAUGCCUGCUCUCGUCCUGGUCCUCCUGGGGGGCCUGUCUCCACGACAACUGCAUGGAAACACAUGGACGAAAAGGCUGCAGGCAGAGGAGGAGAGAGGUGCUGGAGGAAGGAUCAGGAACAGAAAGCUGUGCUCAUCUCCUGGAGUCAAUGCCCUGUGAGGAUCCAGUAUGCUUCCUGUGGCAGGUGCAGUUUGAGGGCGCUUGUGUGCCCAGCGAAGGGAACUGUGGAAAUGGAAGCAGGACUCAAACUGUGGCUUGCAUCAACUCAAAAGGGCAGCUUGUUCCUGAGGAGCUCUGUGAAGAUGAGCCGCCCCCUAAAGAGGUGUCCUGCGUGAUGGCGUGUUCAGGUGACUGUGUGCUCAGCUCAUGGUCUGAUUGGUCCUCCUGCUCCCACAGCUGCUCCAGUAAAAACUCAGAGGGCAGACAAAGCCACACACGGACCAUAUUAGGCUUGCCAGGAGAAGCUAAGGCAUGUCCAGCUGCUACUGCUCUGGAGGAGUGGAGAACUUGUAAUGAUCAUCCAUGCAUCACGUUCUACUGGGAAGCUUCGCCAUGGGGACCAUGCAUUGAGGACUCCUCCAUGAAUCUAAAUGGCACCGGCUACUGGAACGGAACGGCCACCUGUGCAGUCGGUGUGCAGAUUCGUAAAGUGGUCUGCAUGAAAAUGGGCGUCGGGCCAGUUAUUCCCAAAAGGUGUCCAGAAUCUGCCCGACCAGACACCAUUCAGCCCUGUUUACUGCCCUGUAAGAAAGAUUGCAUUGUGACUCCUUUCAGUGAAUGGACAGCCUGCCCUACCACAUGCCUGCCAGUGAACAGCAGCAUGCCCUCGCAGUCACGAUAUAGGAUCAUCAUCCAGCGGGCGGCCAAUGGGGGUCAAGAGUGUCCAGAUACUUUAUAUGAGGAGAGAGAAUGUGAGGCUCUUCUGGUUUGUCCUAUUUACAGAUGGAAGACACACAGAUGGCAUCCAUGUACUCUGGUCCCAGAUUCUGUUCAGCAGGGAAUGACGGGAGCCAGUGAAUCGUGUGGUAAAGGAUUAGAGAUGCGAGGAGUGAGUUGUGUGGACGAGUAUGAUGAGAUGGCAGCUGUGUCAGAGUGUCUCCGGUGGGCCGGGCCGAUGCCGUCACGCUUCAGGAGCUGCUGGGUGCCAUGCAGGGAUGACUGCACCUUCAGUUCCUGGUCUAAAUUCUCUGAAUGCUCUGGCUGUGGAAGCCGACGUACCCGCAAACGCACACUAACAGGUUGGAGCCGGAAACAAGACCGCUGUCAGCGGGAAGACUUGUACCCUCUGGUGGAGUCCGAGCCCUGUCCGUGUGAGGAGUUUGUUUCUCAGCCAUAUGGUAAUUGGACGUCUUGUAUCCUAUCGGAGACCCCAGCACAAGGAUCCCUCCAGGGAUGGAGGGGUCAGCAAGAGGCGCGUGACUGCGGUCAGGGAUUGCGUUAUCGUGCUGUGGUCUGUCUGGACCACGAAGCCCACCUGGUUAGCCCAGACCGCUGCAGUGAAUCAGGUCUGGUGGAGGAGGUCUGCCACAUACCCUGCCCUCUGGACUGCAAGCUGAGCGACUGGUCGCCGUGGUCGGCCUGCAGCGCCUCCUGUGGUAGCGGGCUGAAAAUCAGGUCCAAAUGGCUACGGGAGAAGUCAUUCAACGGCGGGCGGCCAUGCCCCAAACUAGACCUGAAGAAUCAGGUGUAUGAGGCUGUGCCCUGUCGAAGUGAGUGCGGUCAGUACGAGUGGGUAACAGACCCCUGGUCAGUCUGCACCAUCAACACAGUGGACGAGCUGCCAGCCUGUGGUGAGGGUGUCCAAAGCCGCAAGAUUCGGUGUGUGAGGCAUGGCAGUGAGGAUCUGGUUAGCAGUGUGAAUGAGACCCUGUGCGACCAGGAAGAAAUCCCUCUCCAAGCUCAGACCUGCGUCCUGCCAUGCCCUAAUGACUGUGUGAUGUCCCAGUGGAGUCAAUGGAGCACCUGUUCAAUACCAUGUAAUGAAAGCACAGUGAGGAUGAGGACGAGACACAUGCUGCGCCCCCCAGUGGCCGACAGAGUGUGUCCAGACAGCACCCAGACAGAGCCCUGCAGCCUCAACAGCACCUGCUUCAAUUAUCACUACAAUGUCUCCAGCUGGAGCACCUGUCAGCUGAGCGAACAUGCCAUCUGCGGCCAGGGCAUGAGGACACGACUCUUAGAUUGCAUCCGCAGCGAUGGCAAAGUUGUGGAUUUAAGCGUGUGUGAGGAGCUGGGCCUGCCUCAACCGUGGAGACUGGCGAUGAACUGUGUGGUGGACUGUCCCUUUAACUGCAUCCUGUCUGACUGGGCACCCUGCAUGCUUCAGCAAGGUCAUGAGGAGGGACGCCCGUGCGCCUCUCAGCUUUCCCAGACCAAACCCUGUCCCAUCAGCCCCUGCUACACGUGGCUUCUGAGCGAUUGGUCUCCCUGCACAGUGGAGGGGGCAGAAUGUGGAGAGGGCAAGAGGGAGAGGAACCUGACGUGUGUGGUGCACUGGUCAGACUGGCCGGACAACUCCUUCCCUUCGAAAACGGUAGAGGACGAGAAAUGUGGAGACCGAGUGAGAAAGGAAAGCGAGCAGGAACUGCAGCAGCCGUGUUUCGUCCCCUGUCCAGGAGACUGUCACCUUACAGAGUGGUCGCAGUGGAGUUCCUGUCAGCUGACGUGUCUGGAAGGACGUAGUUUUGAGACGGUGGGCCGUCAGGCACGCUCACAGGCUGUGGUCAUACAAGUGCUGGAGAAUCAGGACAGCUGCCCUCACCAAGUCUUUGAGACACGUCCAUGUAAAGGAGGGAAAUGUCACAGUUACGAGUGGAGGACCAGUGCCUGGAAUGACAACGAAAGAUCAGUGUGGUGCCAGCGGUCUGAUGGGGUCAAUGUGACAGGGGGCUGCUUUCCACAGAACCGGCCAACCACUGUGCGGCACUGUCACCCUCCCUGCACCAAACCCUUCUCCCACUGCAAGCAGAGUGGCGUGUGUGGCUGUGAGAAGGGCUACACUGAAGUGAUGACCACACAUGGAUUCCUGGAUUAUUGCACCAAGACCCCAGGAGCUGACAACAAGAAGGCAGAUGUGAAGACCAGCUCGGGAAGAUUAAAACCAGGCACCACUCAGAUCCAGGACUUCUUCGGCGAGUGGUCCCUGCAGCCACUCGGCCCAGAUGGAAGAAUAAAGCUGUGGGUCUAUGGGUUAACAGCUGGAGGAUUCAUUCUCAUAUUAUUCAUAAUUACUGUGGCCUUUCUGUUUUGCAAACCAUCCAAACAGAGUAAAAGUGCAUCUCCACCACAGAAGCCCCUGGCUCUGGCCUAUGACGGGGAUGUGGACAUGUGAUCAAGCUCUCUGUGACUGUACAUUCAAAGCACAAGCUGGACUACGUGCAACAUUUUAAUAUGUUCAUUUCUCCAAGGCACCCUUUGGAUUUUGGGAAAAAGAAAAAAAAGACACAGACAUCGAAGAACAUUUCGAUCUUGAAGUCUGAAGCGUACACAAAACGUUGUGUGCAAGACAGCAAGGUAAACGGUUGUGGAUCAGUGGUCGUAGUCGUGAAAAUUGUGACAUUUAAAGAGGGUACAAGACACAGCUGACAUUCCAUGGACCAGAUGGAGGACUUCGACAUUUUCUUGCCGUGAUUUUUCUUACAUCAGAAAAAAAAUAGAAAACAAAAACAAAUUAAAGUUGUGCUGAAUCUAUUGUAUCAGUCGCAUAAAAAGCCAGUUCACCCAAAAAUGAAAAGUGUUUCAUCAUUUACUCACCCUCAAACCUGUAUGACUGGAUCACGACCGGACA